GUAGUUUAUUUCUUCCGUGUAGGUAGCUGUUUUGGUAAAACGGGUUAAACAUAUUUUUGAAUAGUUCUUAAGUAAAAUACCUUCAAAAAAUUAUUGAAUCAUCAGCAUGUUCAAAAAGUUAAAUAAGCUAUCGCCGCAGCCGGUGCCCCCGUCAAUUGAGCAGAUAAUGGAAGACCUGGAAACGUUCUGUGUGGAACAGAAGCCUCUGGAAAAAAUCCGUUCCUUCGACACCAGCAAUGUAGAAGAGCCCGACAUCGAAGACUGGUGGAAGGUGUUUGAAACCUACCUGGAGGACCACGACCAGUUCCACAGCAUGAGGAUCGACAUCGAGAAUCUGAAGAAGAAACUGCUGGCCACGCAAAACGAACUGCAGGAGGCCAGAGAAAACAUCCAGCGACAGAUCGACGAAGACUUGGAGAAAAUAAAACUCACCAUAAAGAGCUGAAGGUUUUAGACGCAAGAAGUUCUAUUUCGGAUUGAACUAACACAGUUAAAUUGUUUGUAGAUUAUUUUUAUCUUCACAGAUUUAUAUUAUUUUUAUUUUAAUGAGCGGUUCUGGUAACAUUAAAAUUUUGUAAAUAUAAUACUACUCGAAUUAAACAA